CAAAUAAUGCUUCUUGGAAUUUUUUAUGCUUUCACUUUUGUUGCCAUGUGCUUUUUCCUGCUGUUUAUUGGAGAUGGAAGUGAGCUCUAAGGUUCCUUCAGAUGUGCUGCUUCCUUCACUCCUGGAUCCUGCCCUGGAGCAGGUUCAGCUCUUCUCCAAAAAGUGAUGCUAAAGCCCGAGGUCAUUGUCUGCACCUCCCUGAAGGACACUGGUGCAAGAGCAGCUGCAGCCAAGUGAGGGAAGUGUUGGACCCAUCCCUUCAGCCCACUGCUGAGAAGGAAAAACUGGUAUUUGCUUUAAUUCCUUUUAAAAAUGGACUUUCAGCAGGAGAAGGCUUUUGGGGCCAGGUUGGACAGAACUUGGAGCAACCUGGUCUAGUGGAAGGUAGGGGGAGCAGGGGGGCAAAAUGAGAUGAGCUUUGAGGUCUCUUCCAACCCAAACAAUCCUGUGAUUCUAUGAAACCACCUCCAUGGAGCUUUAAAGGGAUUUGGGGUGUUCUGGCAGGAGCUGCAGAGUCCAGGCCUAGUUCUGCUCACCCUGGGAGUGGAGAGGGUGAAGGGUGGGAAUCCUUCCUGAGCUGGUGGUGAGCUGUUCCGUGGCUGUCCUUGGUUCACUCAAGUAUAAAUGUAUUGCAAAAAUAUAACCUGGAAUAACUUCUGGUUCUUCUGGUGGGAUUGGCAGAGGAGGAGAGCCAAGGUCUGGUGGUUUAUCGGUUUUUUUCUCAUUCCAUAAUAAACAAAAUGGUAUCAAAUCUGGUUUUGAAGGAGCUCUUGUGGAGAUUAAGCUUUUAUGUUGCUCCACGUAGCCUCAUGGAGUCUGUCAAUCUGGGUCACAGUAAAUACAUAGAUGGAAAUCACACAGUGUGAUAGAAAUCCUGUAUUUUGUGUUACACAGUUUCCUGGGGAAUAAAGAUAUUCUGGCUGCUGUAUUUUGUUCUGUACCAUUACAGUUCCAGUUUAGCUUUGCCAGGUAUUAAGAAAAAACUAUCUGCUUUCUAACAGUCAUUUUUCAAAGGGAUUUAAGAGGCUGACAGCUAGAGGAAAUUGAGGUUUGUUUGGGAGAGGCAUCAAGGAGAUCCAGUGCCCCUUCUGUCAUGUUUUUGGAAUUGCUGUGUCAGUGUGGAGAGCUGGGAGAGGCAGAUCCAGGGCCUGUGGCCGUGGCAGAGCUCACUGAAUGAGGCUGUGGGAAGGAAGGGACUGGCACGAGAAAUUCUGUUUCUAAUUUGUUGAGAACAGCUGAUGUUGUGUUUGGUGAGACAGAAAUGAAUCCAUUCCUCCUCAGUCUGUGCCUGUUGGAGCUGUGGCACCUGUGGGACAUCUCUGAUGGGGACAGCAAAAUCAGGAACCACAGGAUGGGCAGAGUGAGGAAGAAUCAGUUGGAGACACCUGGGUCAUCCCUGUCACACCAGGCCUGGAGCAUCACCCAGCGAGGCCAGGGAUGGGGUGGGGCUGAAGGGCCUCAUUUGACACAUACAACAGGAGAGGUUUCCAUCCCUCUCCCCUUCAGUUUGUCCAGCCUGGCCCAGGGAAUUCACUUUUCUGGCUUUUACAGUAAAGGUUUCAUGGUUUCAAGAUGAGCCAUGCUCAGAGCAGGUAGAAAAACCUGCAAGGACCGUAGUAAACUGGGAUCUGUGCAGCUGAAUAAAAUGUUCCCUGAGGAAUGAGGAUGGUUUGGAUCUGAAGGGACUCUCAAAGAGAGAGUUAGGCCUGCUACCAGCAGAGUGAAAUUCUCCCAGUUUGGUGCCUGGUGUGAGAUGCUCCCAGUUUGGUGCCUUACAUCAUCCUGUGCCUGUGAAGAUGGAUAAACCCUUGUGCCAGGCUCCAGAAAUCCCUGUCACACACCCCAGGAUGUGUUCCCAACCUGUUCCUGGGAAAUGCUGGGGAAGGAGCCAGACUGGGGGCAAAGAAAGAAAAGGGACUUGAUGGAGAGAACCUGCUCAGGGCCAGAGUUAAAGCAAGAACACCAGUCUGGAAAUGCUGAGCUGCUCCAGCUUCCUGCUGAGCUCCUGGAGCCAACCCUGGCCCUGCGUCGCCCCUUGCCCUGGAGCCCCCACAAACGGGGAUGUUGUACCCGGUUUUUGCUUCGUGCUGUGCUCGGUUUCCAGGCUAAACCCUCCCGUGAACUGCUGACGGCAGAGUUUUCCAGAGAACCUGGCAAGAAGCAGCGUGAACGUGCUGAUGUGAAUUUGGACGUUAAUCUUCUGUAAAUCGAGCGGCCCGUGUCCGAGGGACGGCCGGGAGAAAUCCGAAUGACGUUUCCAUAGCUCGCUGCGCGCCCGCACUAUUGAGAUGAAAUCUCAUGGAUGGAAUUCCGUGGACGCAGCUGCUGUAUCAGCGCUCGGGGAAUUCUGCUGUUCUGUUCAGAAGCAACCCAUAAAUAGCGGGGCCGCCCGCGCCGCCCGGCACAGCGGAACCACACGGAGAGGCACAAUGACGGAGCAGCAAAGUCCCCCCGAGCAGAUGGCGACUGGGGAGGGUGCUGGUGAGCGAGGUGGCAACUACAAGAUCACGAUCUACGAGCUGGAGAAUUUCCAGGGGAAAAGGUGUGAGCUGACAGAGGAGCUCCCCAACAUCACCGAGAAGGAGAUGGAGAAGGUGGGCUCCAUCCAGGUGGAGUCUGGCCCGUGGCUGGGCUUCGAGCGCCAGGCCUACGCCGGGGAGCAGUUCGUGCUGGAGAAGGGCGACUACCCCCGCUGGGACUCGUGGUCCAACAGCCACAGCAGCGACAGCCUGAUGUCCAUCCGGCCCCUCCAGAUUGACAGCGCUGACCACAAGAUCCACCUGUUUGAGAACGCGGGGUACACCGGGCGCAAGAUGGAGAUCGUGGAUGACGACGUCCCCAGCCUCUGGGCCCACGGCUUCCAGGACCGCGUGGCCAGUGUCAAGGCCCUGAAUGGAACGUGGGUGGGCUACGAGUACCCCGGCUACCGGGGCCGCCAGCACGUCUUCGAGAAGGGCGAGUACCGGCACUGGAACGAGUGGGACGCCAACCAGCCCCUCAUCCAGUCCGUGCGCCGCGUGCGGGACCAGCAGUGGCACCAGCGGGGCUGCUUCGAGAACAGCUGAGGGACCCCCAGCCCCCGCCGGGGCCGCCCGCGGGGUCCCCCGGCUGCUGCCGUGACCGUGGUGUUUUUUGUGCAAA